AUGGAAUACUUCGGCACCAUCUCCAUCGGCUCCCCACCACAGAACUUCACCGUCAUCUUCGACACGGGCUCCUCCAAUCUCUGGGUCCCCUCUGUGUACUGCACCAGCCGGGCCUGCCAAACCCACCCCAGGUUCUACCCCUCCCAGUCCAGCACCUACAGCAGCGAGCUGGCGCGUCCUUUCUCCAUUCAGUAUGGGACUGGGAGCUUGUCCGGAAUCCUCGGCGCCGACAAAGUCUCGGUGAGAGGACUGACCGUGGUCAACCAGCAAUUUGGAGAGAGUGUCAAGGAGCCAGGCCAGACCUUCGUGGAUGCCGAGUUUGAUGGAAUUCUUGGUCUAGGAUACCCCUCCUUGGCUGUUGGAAGAGUGACCCCAGUGUUUGACAAUAUGAUGGCUCAGAACCUGGUGGACGUACCCAUGUUUUCUGUUUACAUGAGCAGUGACCCGGAAGGUGGGGCUGGAAGCGAGCUGAUUUUUGGAGGCUACGAUCACUCCCAUUUCUCUGGGAGUCUGAACUGGGUUCCAGUCACCAAGCAAGCCUAUUGGCAGAUCGCACUGGACAACAUCCAGGUAGGGGGAACCGUGAUGUUCUGCGUGGAGGGGUGCCAGGCCAUUGUGGACACAGGGACCUCCCUCCUCACAGGGCCCUCACAUCAGAUCAAGCAGCUGCAAAAGGCCAUCGGGGCAGAGCCCGUGGACGGAGAAUGGUUCCUCUGUGCUGUGUUGUGGUAUGCGGUGGAGUGUGCCAACCUCAAUGUCAUGCCGGAUGUCACCUUCACCAUCAACGGAGUCCCCCACACCCUCGGUCCAACGGCCUACACCCUGCUGGACUUUGUGAACGGAAUGGACUUCUGCAGCAGUGGUUUUCAAGGUCUUGACAUCCAGCCUCCAGAUGGGCCUCUCUGGAUCUUGGGUGACGUCUUCAUUAGACGAUUUUACUCAGUCUUUGACCGUGGGAACAACCAGGUGGGGCUGGCCCCUGCAGUCCCCUAA